CGAAAGUGUGUGUGAGGGUUUGUUUGCGGCUCACGUGAUUUAUACAAGCGCAAGGGAGAACCUGACCGUGGAAUAAAACUACGGUAGCGUAUCGAUACUUCAAUACCGACGUUACCUGAACACCAUUUAAAAAGGCAAAGAACCCAAAAUGGAAAGUGCAGAAACAAAGGAGGAAGUCACAGAAACGAUGACAGAACACACUGUAACUGGGUUCCAGAUCCGGCAUGUGAAGGGAGACCUGUUCUCCUGUCCGCAGAGCGAGUCUCUGGCUCAGUGCAUCAGCGAGGACUGCCGCAUGGGGGCUGGGAUAGCCGUGCUCUUCAAGAGGAAAUUCGGGGGCGUCCAGGAGCUGCUGGGACAGAAGAAGCAGCCUGGUGAGUGUGCAGUGCUCAGAAGAGGAAAACGCUUUGUUUACUAUCUGAUCACAAAGAAGAAGGCUCACCAGAAACCGACCUACGAGAGCCUGCGAAAGAGCUUGGAAGCCAUGAGGGAGCACUGUGUCAGCAAUGAAGUCAGAGAACUGUCAAUGCCCAGGAUUGGCUGCGGACUGGAUCGUCUGGAUUGGAAGAAGGUGGCAGUGAUGAUAGAAGAGGUGUUCCAAGAUACUGACAUCCACAUCACUGUGUACACUCUGUGAGAGGCAGCGUGGGCCGAGCUGGGACUGGAGCCACUUGCACUGGCAUUGACCCUUCCACCCUGGCUGCCAUUGCCAUCUAGUCAGUUCUGUCUGACUGCAGAUUCAGCUUCUGGUUGAUUCGGCUCAUUGGCAGCCUGUAACAGGUUUUUAAAUCUUUGCACCUUACACUAAUUGUAGCAAAAGUGAGAGAGUGUUGGGUUACUGUAGCAAGAUUUUUCCAGGAUAAGAGUCUGAUGUGAAAUAUAAUCCCUUUUUUCUUUAAAGAUGAGAAAAUAUUGUUUUGUUAUGAGUUCUCAAAAGGAAACUGACAGUGUAAAAGAAAACAUUUUGAUUCAUGUUUAAAUCUCAGAUUUUUCAGGUAAUUUUUUUUUUAUUCUUUUUUUUUUUGAAGAAAUCAUUAAUAUGAGGUUGUCAUGAAAAUGUUUUAUGAAAGUCUAGUGUAGUUUUUUUUGUAUAUUGUAAAGCUACAGCACUUCGAUGGGUCUCCGGGAGCAUUGCAAUGAAGGAGUUCAGUGAUUAGUUGUUCUUGUUAAUGAAGUAUUAGUGACAUUGUUAGUUAUGAUGCAGAUGGCUAUGGUGUCAUGUCUGUAUUGCAGGGAUGAGAGUUCAUCACAGUACAGAGGAUAUGUGCCUGCAUGCCUGAACUGAUAGCCAGCAUGCAGCUACAGUACUGCCAAUACAUUUUGGGUUUGCGCAGUGGGUUACCGUAUCUGAUUAUCAUCACUGUAGACCAAAGUGGGUUUACUGUUAAAUAGAAGAGAUGGAAAAAAUGUAAAUAUAAGGGAAGGGUGUUUAAUGUGUUUAUGCUAAGAUCUGUGAUGCAAUGGUAAGCCACUGGGUGGCACUGUAUGCUGUUAAAUAAACCCAUUUAAACAGACCAUUGUUACAGAAGUUGGCUACCAGUCAGAUCUGUGUCUUAAUUGACAGUCAUAUUAAGAGCCGGAGUGAAAACACACAGUGAUGAAAGGGAAGGGUUUUAGAAAGUAAUAUUCAGCUUUGUUGAUCGUCCCGUUUGAUUGGGACCCCUGUUACCGCUGAUUGAUCCCAGCGCUCCGUAGAGCCCUCAGGGUCAAACACUGAGCGCUCAGAACCUUAUUCUGAGAAGAGGUUAGCAGUGAUUAUGCAGGGUGAGUGACAGACACGCCAGGAGAGCAAGUGGCCUGGCUGCUGUUAAUGCCUGUCACACUAAAAAUAAACCGCUCAGCCUCCCAAAGAAAGUCCAGGACCCUAAUUCGUUAUUUCAGAAAAGAGCUCGGAGCAGAUUCCUGGUAUUUGUUUGCAGCACGUUAAUACACUGUGGUGACGUGAAUGCCUUGGAAAAGGGGGAAAAAGAACAUCUUAAAAGAAGCUUCAUUCAACUGUUCCAAGUCUCCCCACACCCCUCCUCUAGAUCCAGAAACAUAUAGAAAUAUUGUGUAGGUCACGUCUGUUUGGAAACAUUCUUUUAAUGAAAUAAUAAAAUGCUAAAGAAAACAUACAAACAUGUGACAAGUUGUGCUCUCAGUCAUAAUAAUAAUAAUAAUAAUAAUAAUAAUAAUAAUAAUAAUAAUACAGUUUAACAUGUUGAUGUAUAUGAACAUUUAGAAACUUUUCUUUCACAUAAUGGCAAAUGAGGAGCAUGCAUACAAUGGGAUGUGUGUGUUUGUAGAGCACUGUACGUGUUUCUCUUUAAUGUCGAUGUGCAAAAGGUUCUGUCUUUACUGUCCUGUUUUCAUUGCAAUGCUGGACUUUAACCCUUUAAGGUACAAGGGACAUAUGUGUACCACAAAAAAAUAGGCUAACUUUCUUAUUUUUGCAAGAGGUGCACGAAACAAGGUUGUUCUUCUUCCAUGACUCUAACAUUCCCAAUCACAAUUCUAAGGUAACCCUACGAGAAGCUGAGUCAAGUAGGGUUACCUUUACCAUGUUGCAACGCUUCAGAUCAGUAACCCAGGAGGUUCAUUCAAUGGCAUCUUCAUGUGCUUUGUGAACAGGGCCCUAGAAGCAUCCUCAGCAAUUUCACCUCUUCCUUACAUAAAUGUCAUUUCUGAUAUUGACCCGUACACACCAAGGAACCAACAGAUCUUGAAGCCAGAAGGUUUGCAUCACCUGGAAUUUUAGGAUUGAGACAUAAUUUAAAAAACAGAAAAAAAAGCUGUAUAAAAUUGCAACUGUAGCGGAUGUCUAAUGGUAGUAUUGUUAGAUUUUGAAAUGUCACAUUUUUCAAUUUGUCAGUUUUUCAUUUUAUAUAUAUAUAUAUAUAUAUAUAUAUAUA